AUGUGGCUGCCGUGUGCCUCUUCGGCUUCCGUUAGCUGCGUUGCGUUGUCAACAGGACCAAAACACCAGCAGCGACAACACACGGGAGCUUUACUCCUGGACUGUCCGCUGGCCAUCAGCUGACACCUCACCUGUCCGCCUGCAUUAACUCUCCCACGUCUUAGCAAAUAGCAAGUAAACGGAAUGCACGCGAUGUUUUCAUUUGGAGAUACGACGUCCGUUUAAAAGCGCGAGAGCAGUCGGUGCACCUCACCGGCACUUUAAAACUGACGGGGAAUGCGGUGAUGCGCCCAGCCAUGCGCUGCGCUCGUCUUCCUCAUAUUUAUGCCGCGAUAUGUGCCGUUAGUUGAGUAUUGCUUUAUAGAGAAUGGGAUGAAUUAGGCGCAAUUGCGUUCAUAUGCAGCUUGUGGUAUUAUUACAGGUAUAAGAACCCUUUUUUCCAUUAAAAGGACACCGGACGGACACCUGUCCCGUUAGAUCGCCAUCAAAAAUAUUCAGCACACUGUAAUGAUGUGUUAUCUUUCAGUGCUAAUAACGUUCAGACUGUAAUCAUGGAGUCGGUGCGUCUUCACGCUAGUUUAUCUGGCUCUAUAGUUGGCUUUUAUAGACUGGUUUCCCGUCUUUGUGCUUUAGUUUGGACAGCAGCAGCUGGUCCACAUUAGCACCUCAUGCUAGUACAUUAUCCUGACAUAUUCAUCACAUCUAAAUGAGAUAACAAACAAUCCGGCCAUUAGCUAACACUAUGAGCGAUCACUAUGAGAGAGUGAAGAUUGAGCUCCAGCAGAUGAAGGAGGUGGAGAACGAGGCCGCGGCCGACGGGGAGCAGCUGUCCCCGGCCUCGGUCUCUCCAGUCCCCGCUGACGUUUCCUUCACUGCUCGAAGAGACCAGUCCAAAAGUAGCAUUAACGGGAGAAGUCGGAGUAAAAGUAGGAGCAAAGCAGACGGUCACGAGAGACAGGUGAACGGUAAACAACUGCCGGAUCUGACGCCGCAGAAGUCAGACUAUUCACAAGGACAGAGCCGUGUGAGCAAUGAGCCAAACCUUAACAUUAAAGGAACGGCAAGGCUUUUAAAGGGUAAAACGGCGGCAAACGGUCACGUUGAGUCAUGCCAGAGACAGACAGAUGUGAAAUGUGAGCAUCAUGGCAAAGAGGCCAAAAAGAGAAGAGCUGUCACGGUGGACACCUCCAAGGCAAAGACGUCUCUGGAGGCGCUAAAGAUGAGCAUCAGACAGCUGAAGUGGAAAGAGUUUCCGAUGGGUAGGCGGACAGCCUGUGAUAUCUACUGGCAUGGCGUCUCUUUUCAUGACAAUGAGAACAUCAUCUCUGGGCAAGUCAACAAAUUCCCAGGAAUGAUAGAGAUGCUGCGGAAGAUAAACCUGAGUCGUGCCGUGCGUACCAUGCAGGAGCUGUUCCCGGAGGAGUACAACUUCUACCCACGCUCCUGGAUCCUGCCUGAGGAAUACCAACUCUUCUCCUCACAGGUACAAGCUCAGUGA